UCUAUUUGGUGCGGUCUAUCCCAGAUUGCCACAGUUUAGUUUUGACAGUUCUGUGGAAAGGAUUCUUAACUUGUGAAGAUGUUAACAUUUGUCAUAUUGUCCAGUCUACUGCUCGUUUACAGUGCCGGUGUUCCGACAGGCGAUUCUUCGAAUCCGGAUGUAGAUGCACAUUUAACUGCAGAUGAAGCCGAUCAAGUAGCCCAAUCGAUCAUCGAUGCUGGAUUGCAAGGAAUCGUUCUAUUGCGAGUUCGGUACGUCAUAGAGGACAUUGAUUCGUGCAACAUGGUGCAAACUAGUAUCUACGAAGUCCAGCUGCAAUCCACAAGUGAAACGUUCGAAAUUAGUAGCGAGAGCAACAUCACCGAUGCAACUAAUUGUAGAAACAAGCGAAAACUUCUGGAAGCUAUACAGCUCGGUGGCCUGAUCAGAGUUCAAAAUGUGGUGAAAAUCGAAGGUGACCAAAUACAACUGGAGAACAUCUCCGUCGAACAGUUUCGACUGGACAUGGAAAAGCUUGUUCCAGAGGAUUUUCGUAUAGUUGAUUCAAAGUUUUCUUAUCAAUUUGCAACCGAUGGAGAAGUAACAUCCGAUGCAGAAUUGAUCGAAAUGCGUGUGCGAAUGGUGAACACAGGCAAUGAAUACGUGGUUAAUACGAUCGGUGCAAUGGAGGUGUACGGGGCUAUGGCUCCGAGAGCAAGACCAUAUCCUCCGAAAGUUUUACUGUCACUUCUUGGUGGAGGCAGUUAUAAGAAAAUGAAGCGUAUAACAAAAACAUAAUUCCUAACUAGCGCAUCGUUAUUAGCAUUAGUCUGUGUGGGUUUGAUGAGUUAGGGUAGUUUACCUUAAUUUUUGAAUGUUACUGAAAUAAAUAAACUACUUAAUCCAAAGUU